GUGUGAGAAGAGAGAAUAGGUAUAAAUCCGAACUGAAUCUGGUUCCAAAUUAAUGCGUCGUGGCGCUCUUUCUCUCAGUGGAAUUGACAGCGAAUUUGUACUGAGUCCAUUGUUUUCGCUCUCUAUAUCCUUUCUCUGAAUUCUGAAUUUUGUCAGAGAGUAUUCAGAUUCUUUUGAUAUUAUGCUCUAGUUGUCAGAUCGUAAUGGACAUAUGGUCGCUACAUUGCUUGGAUUUUGUGAUGGGAAUCAGUAAAACAGAAGUGAACUUGAGGAGGUUGCUUGCAGCUGUACCUCAUCAACAAAACCUGGCAAAACUUGUACAUUAUGUUGCAACAUUACGAGAACAAGUGGAACAAGUAGCUGAAGAGACUACUCCUGAAGGCUUACCUAGGGUUUCAAAGGCCAAGGUGAAUGAGUAUUCAGAGAAGAUCAAACUGAUUGCUUCCAAAUUAACUGCCCCAUUGGCUGCUCAGCCUGAUAUGCAAGUAUCUGAGGAACCCUUUGCAAAGACAAGCACACAUGAGAGCCCUUCUAGAACAGGAGUAGAAAAUCAUCUUCUCCCUACUCCUGGAAUAAGAAAAAGAUCUGUGUAUGUGAAUCUGUGGCCUGGAUCGAAUUCUGAAGAUAGAGUUCAUGACAAUGCUGAGGAUCAUUCAUCAGCGCCUGUCAAACUGGAUGCUUCCUCACAAGCACAUAUAAAAAAGCACAGAAAGCUUCAAGAGGACUUCAUUGAUGAAAUGGUUGGGCUGGCACAACAACUCAAGGAGAGUAGUCUAAUGAUAAGCCAGUCAGUGGAAAACACUGAAAAAAUACUUGAUUCUACAGAGAAGGCUGUUGAGCAUAGCUUGGCAAGCACCGGUCGUGCUAAUGCUCGGGCAAUGGAGAUAUACUCUCUGACUUCUAAGACUACAUGCUUCACAUGACUUGUGAUCUUUGUGAUGACAUGCAGUUUUAUCAUGGUGGUACUUCUAAUUCGCGUCACCUGAAUUAGUACUAGUCGAGUCGGCUGUACGAAUCUUGAUCCCGGAGGCUUGCUCUACCAUUUUUGAGACUGAUAUUCCAAACCAGUUUGUAUGCUUAAGACUGCACAAAUGUGUGCCAAGAUAGAGCGUUCGGCUCAAGUAUAGCUGCAGAUACAAUAGUGUGAUGAAUAGUCACCGACUUCGAAAUCCAGCACUCCUGUGUUAUUUUCCCCCGUGGCGUUUCAAAGAUUCAUUUUCUUUUCUCUGAACUCCCUUGCCUGCAGAAUUCAGAAUUCAGUACUUCAGUUUGUUCUCUUGGCAACACAUGUAAAGUAUGUUCUCAUUUCCAACCUAUUUAGUGUAAUAAACCUUUGCCCUCAUAUCUUUCUUUUAAAAGAAUUUGUAUCACAUUAUUAUGGAUCAAAAUCAUCCUUCGUUUCUGGGGAAUUGCCAAAUGCCAACGAUAUGACAGAAAUCGGCCUUUUUGCGUA